AUGGGCUUGGUUACUCGGGGCUGGCUUAUUUUGACUCUCUGUCUAGGCUUUGCUUACAGUCAGACCCCUAUUACGCCUGGGGUCACGGAAAUAGACUUGAUCUUUCCGCGCAAUGAGAGCUACUCCCCCUCGCCAGUGACCCCAAUCGUAUUCACCAUCCAAAACCCGAGCCUCCUGUCAAGCCUGAACCCAGAGAUUUCUUAUUAUAUUGAGCAGCAAAAUGUCAACACGAAUGAAAGCGUCUCUACCUCUGGCUCUAUCCAACUCUCGAAGAUCAAUUAUACGACAAGUGACCCUUACUUUCUCUAUUGGAGCACCGGCCAUUUGGACAUUGAGGGGACCUUUGUGUUCGCCUGGGAGCUCCAGAUGAACAACUGCUCUUACUCUCCGCAAAGCGACGCAUUGACUUUCGGAUAUUUUGGCUCACGCCGCCAUGAGUUGUACUUCUCUACCAAGAAUGGCACUUCCUCUCCGGACUUCGUCGCCGCAACCGAGGAUGAUACCUGCGACCAAUCCCAAGCCCAGGCCGUACAAGUCCCGGAUCUUUUGGAGGUGCCGGCUACACGAACCUGGGGCGCACCUUCCUGUGCAGCAACUGUGGGUCCGUCGCCAGCUCCCAAUCCUUGCAAGGUCAAGAUCGAUUCCACAGCUGCCGCAAGUAUUUCCGCGGCCUUAGCCUCCAGUGCUUGUGCCAACCCGAUCCGCACGGGGCUGAGCUGCCCAACCCCAUCCUCUGAGAGUGCGGCCUCUGCGGCGCAAUCACCCGUGGUAGGGCACUGGAUAUUGGCGAUUGGAAUGCUGCUUGCUUACAGUCUCGCAUCAUGA